AUGCAGCCGGGCGCCGCGCUGUGUCUGCGCCUGUGGCUCUGCCUCGGACUCCUAGACGGCCUAGCCAGUGGCUACUCCAUGACCCCCCCAACCCUGAACAUCACGGAAGAGACACACAUCAUCAAUUCCAGCGACAGCCUCUCCAUCUCCUGCAGGGGUCAGCACCCCCUAGCGUGGGCCUGGCCAGGGGCUCAGGAGGUGCUGACCCCUGGGGAGAAGGACCACGAGGACCCCGGGGCUGUACAGGACUGUGAGGGCACAGACGCCAGGCCCUACUGCAAGGUGCUGCUGCUCCGUGAGGCCCGCGCCGACAACACGGGCCGCUACCUCUGCUACUACAAGUACAUCAAGGCCCGCAUCGAAGGCACCACCGCUGCCAGCACUUACGUGUUUGUGAGAGACUUGGAGCAGCCUUUCAUCAACAAGCCGGGCACACUCCUGGUCAACAGGAAGGAUGCUAUGUGGGUGCCCUGCCAGGUGUCCCUCCCAGGACUCAACGUCACACUGCGCUCGCAAAGCUCAGUACUGCAGCCUGAUGGGCAGGAGGUGGUGUGGGACGACCGCCGGGGCAUGCGUGUGCCCACCCCACUGCUGCGCGACGCCCUGUACCUGCAGUGCGAGACCACCUGGGGCGACCAGACUUUCCUAUCCAAUCCCUUCGUUGUGCACAUCACAGGCAAUGAGCUCUAUGACAUCCAGCUGUUCCCAAAGAAGUCGCUGGAGCUACUGGUCGGGGAGAAACUGGUCCUGAACUGCACGGUGUGGGCUGAGUUCAACUCCGGCGUCACCUUUGACUGGGACUAUCCCGGGAAGCAGGCAGAGCGGGGUAAGUGGGUGCCGGAGCGGCGCUCCCAGCAGACUCACACAGAGCUCUCCAGCAUCCUGACCAUCCACAACGUCAGCCAGCGUGACCUGGGGCCCUACGUGUGUGAGGCCAACAAUGGCAUCCAGCAGUUUCAAGAGAGCACCGAGGUCAUUGUGCACGAAAAACCCUUCAUCAGUGUUGAGUGGCUCAAGGGUCCCGUCCUAGAGGCCACAGCUGGAGACGAGCUGGUGAAGCUGCCUGUGAAGCUGGCAGCAUACCCGCCGCCGGAGUUCCAAUGGUACAAAGACAGGAAGGCAGUAUCUGGGCGCCACAGUCCACAUGCUCUGGUGCUCAAGGAGGUGUCGGAGGCCAGUGCAGGCAUCUACACCCUCGCCCUGUGGAACUCCGCAGCUGGCCUGAGGUGCAACAUCAGCCUGGAGCUGGUGGUCAAUGUACCCCCCCACAUCCACGAGAAGGAGGCCUCCUCCCCCAGCAUUUACUCCCGCCACAGUCGCCAGGCCCUCACCUGCACGGCCUAUGGGGUCCCCCCUCCUCUCAGCGUGCAGUGGCACUGGAGGCCAUGGACACCCUGCAAGACCUUCACCCAGCGCAGCCUCAGACAGAGGCAGCAGCGAGACGGAAUGCCACAGUGCCGGGACUGGAGGGAGGUGACUGUGCAAGAUGCUGUGAAUCCCAUUGAGAGCCUGGACACCUGGACCGAGUUUGUGGAGGGAAAGAAUAAGACCGUGAGCAAGCUGGUGAUCCAGGAUGCCAAUGUGUCCGCGAUGUACAAGUGCGUGGUCUUCAACAAAGUGGGCCAGGAUGAGCGACUCAUCUACUUUUACGUGACCACCAUCCCAGAUGGCUUCAGCAUUGAGUCCGAGCCUUCGGAGGAGCCCCUGGAGGGCCAGACCGUGCGCCUGAGCUGCCUGGCAGACAACUACACAUAUGAACACCUGCGCUGGUACCGCCUCAACUUGUCCACCUUGAAUGACGCUCACGGGAAUCCGCUGCUACUCGACUGCAAGAACGUGCAUCUGUUUGCCACUCCUCUGGCGGGCAGCCUGGAGGAAGCGGCUCCGGGAGUGCGCCAUGCCACGCUCAGCCUGACCAUCCCCCACGUGGCGCCCGAGCACGAAGGUGACUACGUGUGCGAGGUGCAGGACCGACGCAGCCACGACAAGCAUUGCCACAAGAAGUAUCUGUCAGUGCAGGCCCUGGAAGCCCCACGACUCACACAGAACUUAACCGACCUCCUCGUGAACGUGAGCGACUCCUUGGAGAUGCGGUGCCCCGUGGCAGGAGCGCACAUGCCCAGCAUCGUGUGGUACAAAGACGAGAGGCUGCUGGAGGAAGAGUCCGGAAUUGACCUGGCAGACUCGAACCAGAAGCUGAGCAUCCAGCGCGUGCGCGAGGAAGACGCGGGCCGCUAUCUGUGCAGCGUGUGCAACGCCAAGGGCUGCGUCAACUCCUCCGCCAGCGUGGCCGUGGAAGGUUCGGAGGAUAAAGGCAGUAUGGAGAUCGUGAUCCUCAUUGGAACCGGGGUCAUCGCCAUCUUCUUCUGGGUCCUCCUCCUCCUCAUUUUCUGUAAUAUGAGGAGGCCAGCCCACGCAGACAUCAAGACUGGCUACCUAUCCAUCAUCAUGGACCCUGGGGCUGUGCCUCUGGAGGAGCAGUGCGAAUACCUGUCCUAUGAUGCCAGCCAGUGGGAAUUCCCCCGGGAGCGGCUGCACCUUGGGCGAGUCCUUGGCCAUGGAGCCUUCGGGAAGGUGGUGGAAGCCUCAGCUUUCGGCAUCAACAAGGGUAGCAGUUGUGAUACUGUGGCCGUGAAAAUGCUGAAAGAGGGCGCCACAGCCAGCGAGCACCGUGCCCUGAUGUCAGAGCUCAAGAUCCUAAUCCAUAUUGGAAACCACCUCAACGUGGUCAACCUUCUGGGAGCGUGCACCAAGCCCAACGGCCCCCUCAUGGUAAUCGUGGAGUUCUGCAAGUAUGGCAACCUCUCCAACUUCUUGCGUGCCAAGCGAGAGACCUUCAACCCCUAUGCGGAGAAGUCCCCCGAGCAGCGGAGGCGCUUCCGAGCUAUGGUGGAGAGCGCCAGGGCUGACUGGAGGAGGCCCGGAAGCAGUGACAGAGCUCUCCUCGCGCGGCUCCUCAUGGGCAAGGGUGGGGCCGGGCGGACUCUUCCUGUCCAGGAAGCCGAGGACCUGUGGCUGAGCCCAUUGACCAUGGAAGACCUUGUCUGCUACAGCUUCCAGGUGGCUCGAGGGAUGGAGUUCCUGGCCUCCCGAAAGUGCAUCCACAGAGACCUGGCUGCUCGGAACAUCUUGUUGUCUGAAAGUGACAUAGUGAAGAUCUGUGACUUUGGCCUGGCCCGGGACAUCUACAAAGACCCUGACUAUGUUCGAAAGGGCAGCGCCCGGCUACCCCUGAAGUGGAUGGCGCCUGAGAGCAUUUUCGACAAGGUGUACACUACACAGAGUGACGUGUGGUCCUUUGGGGUGCUUCUCUGGGAGAUCUUCUCCCUGGGCGCCUCCCCAUACCCGGGAGUGCAGAUCAAUGAGGAGUUCUGCCAGCGGCUGAAAGAGGGUACCCGGAUGAGGACCCCAGAGCUGGCCUCUCCUGCCAUACGCCGUGUCAUGCUGAGUUGCUGGUCCGGAGACCCUAAAGAGAGGCCUGCGUUCUCUGAGCUGGUGGAGAUCCUGGGGGACCUGCUCCAGGGUGGGGGCUGGCAGGAGGAUGACAACUGCAUGGCCCCCUGUGGCUCUCAGAGCUUGGAGGAGGGCAGUUUCUUGCAGACGUCCACCACCGCCCUGCACGUCGCUGAGGCCGACGCUGAUGCUGACGACAGCCCACCCCGCCUGCACCGGCACAGCCUGGCUGCCAGAUAUUAUAACUGUGUGUCCUUUCCGGGGUGCCUGGCCAGAGGUACCCAGACUCCGGGUCCCUCUAGAAUGAAAACGUUUGAAGAAUUUCCCAUGACCCCAACAACCUACAAGGCCUCAGUGGACAACCAGACAGACAGUGGGAUGGUGCUGGCCUCGGAGGAGUUUGAGCGGCUGGAAAGCAGGCACAGACAAGAAGGAGGGCUCAGCUGUAAAGGACCCAGCCAGAAGGUGGAAGAGACCAGGGGUCACCCUGAUUCCCAAGGGAGGCGGCGGCGGCUGGACCGGGAAUCAAAAGGGGGACAGGUGUUCUACAACAGCGAGUAUGGGGAGCUGUCGGGACCCCACGAACAGGGCGACCUCACCCUGGCCACCCACACAUCCUUCUUCCCAGACAGCAGCUACUGAGGCUGCCCUGGAGAGGGCCCGCCCCUGGGCUCAGGCGGC